UAUAGACAGCCCAUUAUCGACAACCAGUCCAUUGCUGGCAACACAAGCGAUGACUUAAUAGAUAUAACCGAAAGUUAUAAAUCAUUGGCAUUGGAUUACAUCCAUAAUAUAAUAUACUACCCCCUGUGUACCUACACGACCAAGGACAUUGGUAUAUAUGCCGUCAAUAUCACUGACCCCCACAAACAACAAAUCCCAAUUGUUAGGCAACAACAUUGUGUGGCCAAAGAUAUUCGUGUGGAUCCGUUGGAAUCGCUAUUAUUCUGGAGUGAAUACAUACCAUCAGAAAUCAGUUCCAGUUCUUAUAGUUCUUACAGUUCUUACAGUCGAUACUCUUCGAGACCAACUUAUAGUGACUCUCGACAUAAAAGCCAUAUAAUGCGGUCAUCACAGGACGGACAGGGCGUUCAGAUUAUCAUGUAUUCACAGUAUGUGCGAAGGAAUACCUUGAGUAUCGACAUCACAGCCAAAAGGCUUUAUUGGAUUAGUUCCGAGAGUUCGUAUUCAUCCAUCAGUCGGUUAUACACUAUUGGAUACGACGGCUCAGACCAGAGGCUAAUUCUUUCGUCAAAGAGUCUGUUCUCAGAGACCACUAUCACCGCAAUGGAUGUGUUCGGGGAUUACAUCUAUUGGACGGACAAUGCAAACGAUACCAUACUUCGCGUGAAUGUGAAGGAGACGAGUGAAGAACCGGUAGUCCAUGUGGUGUUGCAAUCGGGUAUAGACAUCAAUGCCAUGAAAGUAGUGCACAAAUCGCGUCAACCUAUGGCUAGAAAUAAAUGUUCGUCUCAUUUGUGUCCCGAACUGUGCCUACCGUCCAGUUAUAAUCACCGCAACUACACGUGCCGUUCCCAAUGCGAGUCGCAGACUUGGAACGGGAAUACCUGUGUCACUGUGAGCCCGGUGUCCGUAACUCCUAUUUAUAGAGUAACAACCCCUUCAACUCCGUAUGAAGUGUUGGACAACGAAACAAAGUUAUUGUUUGUAUCCUAUAAGGAGGGAAUUUAUGUCAAACAGAAUAUUCACGAAUUGGACACUAAUUAUAUUGAAUCCAUUGGAUUGGUCUCAAGCAAUGAGUUGAUUACGGAAUUGGAUUAUAAUUACAACAACAAUUUUAUGCUUUAUAUCGUAAAUGGGGUCGCUAAAGGUAUCGAAGUGUUUACUAUUGGCCACAAUCUGUACUCAUAUGAUGUGGUCAUUCAUAAUGAAUCUCAUACUUCAUAUGAUUUGGCGGUCGACCCCAACAAUGGACUACUUGUAUGGUCUCAAACAAAAUAUACGUAUAGCUCAUACUCGUACCGAUAUAUGGGAAGCAUAAAGCGUGCCAAUCAGGACGGCUCUAACAUACAGGUGCUCUAUAAUAGUACGGGAAAUAUUAAAACAUUAACACUCGACAUACGCUCACAAUUGGUUUAUUGGAUCGAUACAAACACCAACUAUUUGAGAUCAACCACUUACUUAGGGACUAAUUACCGGUUAAUAAGUAGUGAUUCCCGGUUUGGUUCAGCAUUUUCUAUGGAUAUGUUGGGGAAAUACAUUUUUUGGUCCAAUUCUGAUACCAAUUCUAUAUAUAUAACUGAUAUUACCGAUGAAGAGGAAGGUGUGGAGAGGUUGAUCACGUCGUACGCGGAUUUACAGGCUAUCCGUGUCCUCGACCCUAACCGACAAAUCCAUGGCACAAAUAGGUGUCUCAAUCGUAAUUGUUCGCAACUCUGUCUACCCGUCCAACAAGACUACCGGUGCGUUUGCGCUAAGGAUCGAAUUCUGUGUAAAGAGAAUGAAACAUUAGUACUGCAAACUAAUAACACGAAUCUCAUAGAGAAUACAACCGAUGAUAGUAUGGGAAGGAUAUCACAAAAAUUGGAUUCUUUGCUGAACACGACUAGUAAUGCCACCAACUAUUGGAUUAUUAUAGCAGUGAUUAUCAUAUCUAUUAAUUUACUGCUAAUCGGUAUCUAUUUUUACCGCAAAAUGAAAGCGUAA